GGGAAAUGGAUGUUGGAUAAUACAGAGAUGGGGACAUUAUUGACAGAUCUAUAGAUAGACAAUGACUGAAGAAUCCUGGCAGUGGACUGUCAAAUGCACCACAGACGGGGAAACAUUCCACAAAGACCAGCUUUACAUCACACAAUGAACUGAGAAAGAAAUUUUCCAGUUGAACCCCCUGACCGAGCUCCUUCUCCUGGGAUUCUCUGAUGUUCGGGAGAUGCAGGUUUUGCACUUUAUGGUGUUUCUAGUGAUUUACCUGUCAGCCCUGAUGGGGAAUCUUCUCAUCAUCAGAGCCGUAGCCCUUGACCCCCAUCUUCACACCCCCAUGUACUUCUUUCUGGUGAAUCUUUCCAUCCUAGACCUUGGAUCCAUCUUCGUCACCAUCCCCAAGUCCAUGGCCAAUUCCCUUAUGAACACCAGGGUGAUAAGUGCUGUUCAUCGUUGACACUCACAUCAUGAGAUAUUGCAGCGUGGAAUCAGUGGCAUUCCUUCUCUCCCUGUAAUCCCCACCACUAUCUUAGUGCUUCUCUCCACAGCCAUCAUACAAUGAACUGAGAAAGAAAAUGUCCAACCGAACCACCCUGACCGAGUUCCUUCUCCUGGGAUUCUCUGACAUUCGGGAGAUUCAGAUUUUGCACUUUGUGGUAUUUCUAGUGAUUUACCUGGUAGGCCUGAUGGGGAAUCUUCUCAUCAUCACAGCCAUAGCCCUUGAUCACCAUCUUCACACCCCCAUGUACUUCUUCCUGAUGAAUCUGUCCAUUAUAGACCUCGGCUCCAUCUCUGUCACCAUCCCCAAAUCCAUGAUCAAUUCCCUCAUGAACACCAGGUUGAUUUCUUAUCCUGGAUGUGUCACCCAAGUCUUUCUUUUCGCAUUCUUUAUUGCAGCUGAUCUUGCCUUACUCACCAUCAUGGCAUACGACCGAUAUGUCGCCAUCUGCCAACCACUGCACUAUGAGAGAGUGAUGAAUGGGAGAUCUUGUGUCCAAAUGGCAGCCAGUGCCUGGAUUACAGGUAUUGUCUACUCUGCAAUGCACACCGGGAACACCUUCAAGUUACCCUUCUGCCAGUCCAAUGUCAUCAACCAGUUCUUCUGUGAAAUCCCCCAGCUACUCAAGAUCACCUGCUCCGACUCGUACCUCAGUGAAGUUGCACUUAUUGCCUUUAGUUUUUUUUUAGGUUUAAACUGUUUUGUUUUUAUUAUUGUGUCUUAUGUUCACAUCUUCAAAGCAGUGCUGAGAAUCCUCUCUGAGCAGGGCCGGCGUAAAGCCUUCUCCACCUGCCUUCCUCACCUCACUGUGGUCUCUUUGUUACUUUGCACUAGCUUCUUUGAGUACAUGAAACCCACCUCCAGCUCAGCAUCAAAUAUGGAUCUCAUGAUGGGUGUUCUAUAUUCCCUGGUGCCUCCAAUAAUGAAUCCAAUCAUCUACAGCAUGAGGAACAAAGAGAUCAAAGCUGCAUUAAAGAAACUGAUUGUGUGGAGGUAA